UGCACUCAUAACAUAAGUGUCCGUGACAAUGGGGGUGGAUUGUCCUUGUUGGCAGACAAAGGGACCCGAUGAUGAUGGCGUUUUGUUACUUUGUUACCUUCUUUUGUCGCAAGGCAGCUUUUUUAGUAUGAAAUGAGGCGAACAGAAAAACACGUCGCCAUUGAAGAUCACCCAAAACGCGUACGGACCAGGAAGCAUGAACAGCGAUAAUCUGCAGCAGUGGUGGGAAAACCCGAUCCGGUGCCAUCACCCGGAGCUCAGUUUUAGUAAAAGUUAUAGCCUAGACUCCACAGAGCUUCAGUUCACCCUUCAGGAGCCCAAUAAACUUCCCAAGGACUACGACUACGGAAACUUAAGCCUGGACAAUCCGUACGACUUAGACUCGGAAUCCCGCCCCUCCUUGCUGCCACUGCUGCUGAUGGCAGUCAGCUACGGCAUGGUGAUCUUCGGCGGCGUUUUGGGGAACUCUACUCUGGUGCUGACUCUCUGCUCCGCCUGCUCGGUGCGCCAGCGCAACCCCCUUCUACUGGCCGUCUGUAUUGCCGACCUGAUGGUCACUGGCAUAUCCGCCCCGAUCACAUUCAUCAAUCUCGCGAUGAUUCGCCGGACGCGAUCGCUGCCACUUGUUCUGUGCAAGUUCAUACAGUACAUACAG